AUGGUGGGUUACAAUCCGGAGCCCAUUGAUGGAAGGGAGUUGUCUUCGACGGAAUACAGUGAAGCUGGACUCGCAAGCGGUAUCGCCACUAGGAUGAUCAUUCAACCUUUGGACGUAUUGAAGAUACGCUUCCAACUCCAAGAGGAGCCCAUUCAUGGCCAAAGUUCCGGUAAAUAUAAGGGUUUGCUGCAGUCGAUACGAUUGAUAUCCCGAGAAGAAGGUGUACGUUCUUUCUGGAAAGGUCAUGUACCUGCUCAAGGACUGUCAGCCAUUUACGGAUUAGUACAGUUUUCGACAUUUGAAUUUUUAUCACGACAGACUAGUUGCACAAUCAAAGAAAGCUGGACAACGCAUGCCUUUAUCCAUAUUUGGCGCAAAGAAGGUCUCGUCGGAUACUUUCGUGGGUGGAUACCUAGCGUAGCGCAAAUCGCUCCUUUCACAGGGAUACAGUUCGCUCUUUAUAACUGCUUUGUUGGUGGAUGGUCACGGUUCAUCGUUCAUCAUGAAUCUACGGGUUCAUUGGUAUGCGGCGCACUUGCAGGAACUGUAGCGAAAACGGUACUGUAUCCACUAGAUAUGGUUCGACACCGUCUGCAGAUGAAUGGCUUUGAACGGAUAGGUUUCGGACAAACUUCAGAUUAUCAGAUUGGCAUGUUACGAACGAUAGUGAUGGUGGUGCGAAAAGAAUCUGUCUAUGCGCUUUGCUUUACGAUAUCAAAGCUUGUAUUUGGCUACGCUUCGGAUCGAACCUCUCCAGUAAGGAUACUUUCAGUUGGACUUGCCUUGAUAGCGGUAUCGUCGCUGUUUUUUGGUAUAUUGCUUUUGUUUGCUGGUUGUAUGCAAGGUGCAUCAUGGGUGCCAGCUACGAAGCUUGUUGCAAGGUGGUAUAGUGGUCGUUCUUAUGGUAAGAUGUUCUCCAUUCUUGGCUGCGGUAGCGCCAUGGCAGGGAUAUUGAUACCUUUUGUGGAAGUUUAUUAUUGGCGCUCGUUUCUUAUUUAUAUGGGUUUAUCAGUCUUUACCUUCGCUGUCGUUCAUUGCAUUGCUAAAGAUAACGGGACUAUUUCAAAGAUGAUUAAUCUUGUAUACUCACCGGCAAUAUGGAAUGUGUCGACUAUGUAUUUCUUUUCUAUAGAGGUUCGAGCCAUAUGCGAGACAUGGAUUCCUCUUUAUAUUGUGGAAAAUGGUCUAAGCCACACAACAUUUCAAAUUUCCUACGAAAUUGGAGGCGUUCUGGGCAAUCUUUGCUCUGGUAUGGUGUUGGAUUAUCUCUCUCUUCACAUAACCAUGGAUUCAGCUUGUCGUCUAUUCUGUUUUUGGGCACGUAUUUUUCCUCUACCAUUGUGGUGUUUUUUUUUUCAGCGGUACGUGUUCAUUGUUGGUUGGCUUCUCGGCGCUUUCGUAAAUGCUUCCAUCAAUAUUUGGUGCAUGACAGCUUCGAGGAUGGGUGAAAGCAGGAUCUCAGGAUCAAUUUCUUCACUUGUUUCGUUCCUAGCUAGUUUUGGUUCUGUGCUUGCUGGCUCUCCAUUGGCUUAUCUGAUUGAUGUCAUUGGAUACGAGUGCUUCGUUCCUUUCUUCUUUACCCAUAUAGCAAUCGUAGCAGUGGUUGCUUCAAUGAAUAAAGAACUUAGUGUAGCGAAAAUCAAACUUAUCAGAAUGCGGACAUUUUUACCAAGUGGAAAUAACUUUGUGUAG